GCAUCAUUUCCUGCUGUUUAAAAAAAUCUUCUCUUCAGUAUUGCUGCAUCUUCCGCUGUGUUGCUACGCAUAUCUUAACUACAAUUUUUCUUUCAGAUCUAAAGAUAAUCGAUUGAACAUGAAUGUGAUCGAUCAUGUGCGGGAUAUGGCAGCGGCCGGACUCCACUCUAAUGUCCGGAUCAUCAGUAGUUUACUCCUGACCAUGAGCACCAACAACCCGGAGCUGUUCUCACCAUCUCAGAAGUACCAGCUGCUGGUGUAUCAUGCUGAUGCCAUCUUCCAUGAUAAAGAGUACAGGAACGCUGCCUGUAAGUACAACAUGGCUUUACAGCAGAAGAAAGUGCUCAGCAAAACAUCUAAAGUUCGUCCCUCCAGCACAGGCGGCACGACAUCUGCAGUGCAGGCACAGAACUUGCCGUCAGAGAUUGAAGUGAAAUAUAAAAUCGCAGAGUGUUACACUAUUCUGAAGCUGGAUAAAGACGCCAUAUCAGUGCUGGACGGGAUCCCUUCACGCCAGAGAACGCCAAAGAUCAAUAUGAUGCUGGCGAAUCUUUACAGAAAGGCCGGUCAGGAACGUUCAGCCGUUACGAGCUACAAGGAGGUGUUGAGACAGUGUCCUCUGGCUCUUGAUGCUAUUAUUGGGCUUCUGUCUCUGUCGGUGAAGGGGGCAGAGGUCGCUUCCAUGACGAUGGACGUGAUUCAGAGCAUUCCGAAUCUUGAUUGGCUGUCUGUCUGGAUUAAAGCACAUGCUUUCAUACAUGGAGGGGACAAUCAGAGAGCGAUCAACACUAUCUGCUCUUUGGAGAAGAAGUCACUCUUGAGGGAUAACGUUGAUCUUUUAGUCACCCUGGCGGACGUAUACUUCAGGGCUGGAGACACCAAGAACUCCAUCUUGAAGUUUGAGCAGGCACAGAUGCUUGACCCCUACCUAAUCAAAGGUAUGGAUGUAUACGGCUACCUUAUGGCCAGGGAGGGUCAUCUAGAAGAUGUCGAGGUUCUCGGAGGGCGGCUGUUCAACAUAUCUGACCAGCAUGCAGAGCCCUGGGUCAUAUCUGGAUGUCACAGUUUCUACAGUAAGCGCUACUCUCGCGCCCUCUAUCUGGGAGCUAAAGCCAUCCAGCUGAACAGCAACAGUGUGCAGGCGCUCCUCCUGAAGGGGGUUGCGCUGCGAAACAUGGGUCGAGUGCAGGAAGCCAUCAUACACUUCAGAGAAGCCAUGAGACUGGCGCCCUGUCGUCUGGACUGCUACGAAGGUCUGAUUGACUGUUACCUUGCGUCUAAUGGUAUCCGAGAGGCUAUGGGAAUGGCUAACAAUAUUUACAAGACGCUGGGAGCGAAUGCCCAAACUCUCACCAUCCUGGCCACAGUGUGUCUGGAAGAUCCCAUGACCCAGGAGAAGGCCAAGACUCUGCUGGACAAAGCCCUCGCUCAGCGGCCCGACUAUAUCAAAGCUGUCGUGAAGAAAGCAGAGCUCCUCAGUCGAGAACAGAAGUACGAGGAAGGAAUAGCACUUUUACGAAGCACUUUAGCCAAUCAGAGCGACUGCGUGCUGCACAGAAUGCUGGGGGAUUUUCUCGUAGCUGUUAAUGACUAUCAGGAGGCCAUGGACCAGUACAGUAUAGCGCUAAGCCUCGAUCCAAAUGACCAGAAGUCUCUGGAGGGCAUGCAGAAGAUGGAGAAGGAGGAAAGUCCCACAGAUGCCACGGUCGAGCUGGACGGUGACGAUAUGGAGGGAAGCGGGGAGGAGGGAGACCUGGAGGGCAGCGACAGCGAGGCGGCGCAGUGGGCCGAUCAGGAACAGUGGUUCGGCAUGCAGUGACCCUCGACACUCGCUGAGAGACUCUAGAGCUUGAGCACUUCAGACUUCAAAGAAAACAUACACACUCUUGCAUUUUGAUGUGUGUGAACAGAGAUGCCAUAAUGCUCACUGCUGCCCUCUGGUGGUGAGUUACGGACAUUUACUGUAAAUCGGAUUUGUGCCCUCAAUCUUUUUAGUUUGGUCAUAUCAAGAGAUUGAUUUUCAGAAAAAAACUGUAUUUUCAGUAUAUAACUGGUCUCAGAUGAGAAUACAGCACUACAGAGAUCAGAAACUAACAGGCCAACACAAAACUUCUGACAAAGGACAGGGCGAUCAUAUUUCAACAUACAAUGCUGCAGGUGUUUGUCUAAAUAUACAAUGAUGUUUUCUAAAAGUUUAUUAGUGUUAAUUAAACAUCAUGCUUCUCUUUUGCUGUUUUGUACAGGACUCUGCUGCCGUCCCCAUUAUAUUAAUAAACGUGUCAAAUCUGUAAUUUUUUUCCAUGUUCUUUCAAGCCUUUUUUCCCACAAGUAAAAGUGAUGAUUGCCUCUGAUGAAGAUGCCUUUGUAAAUUAACCACAAUCCCAAAAAAAAAAUUUUCCAAGGAUGUUUAGGUAAUCCUGUGGAGUUUUUUUUUAUCUGGUGAAUGUCAUGAAAACAUGUCCAAGUCAUAUUUCACACCAAAAUCAAUUUUGUUUUUGGUAGAAAAUGAAGCCUAUUACGAAUUAAGCACAUUUCACCCCAGUUUUCAUUACUGCGUUGUCAUUUUACUUUUGUUUAAAGCUCAUUCUCAAUGGUGAUUUCCAUUACAAUAAUGCAGUGAUACUUUUUUUUUUUUGCUUUUAUUGAUCAUUUUUUUUUAUUAGUGAGAGAUGUAUCACAGCGCAAAAGUAGUUUUGGUUUAUUUUAUGCAGGUCUUUUGGUUUUGGGGUGAAUAUUACAGACAUUUCUUGACAAGUUUUGUGAAAUUUACUAGAGCAUAUAAGCGAUGCGAUCAUAAAUUCAAUUUCUGUAGCCUUAAGUGCUUUUUGUUUUUUGCAGUGUGUUUGUCUUAAUGUUUCUAUAUUGUGUAAAUAAGACUGUUUUUAAAUGUUUUGGGAUUAAAAUCAUGGCAUGAAAAAAAAAAA